AUGGCCUCGGUAAUUCAAGUACACCGCUUCCUCUCCAACAUCAGUCUUGGUGACCCCGACCGUCAACGCGCUCUAGCUGAAGCCAUCGACGAAUUACGCAAGCGGCAGGAACGGCGCCAAAGGAAACUUUUCAAACGUGUCCGCGCCUCAAGUCCCUCCAACAAGCCUCGUGACAGCCUGCUGGACACCAGCGAGGACGCCGGCCACCAGGAUCCCACCACCAGUCAGAAUCUCGGGAGUCAGAAUCUGGGGAGUCAGAAUCUGAGGAGUCACGAGCGAGUUACAUCUGAAGGCGAAGUCCCACGGUUGUAUGUAUCUAAAGACGACAAGCUGUACCAGCUGUACAUCAAGGGUUUGAAGGAGAAGCCGCACCAAUUUGAGAGGACGCUGGGGAGUCUUCGUUGUGUUGUACACACGAAUACACCUUUGGAGUUGGCAGACAUUGUGGUCAUCUUUCUGCACGGGUUGGGCGCUUCGCCAUGGCACUUCGUCCGAGUCGCGGGGUUGCUGCACGAACAGCAUGACGUAGGCGACUGCAACAUCGCUUACAUCUUCCCUUUCGGUCUGAAGAAAAUGAACGCAGAUGAAUUCGGCGCCGUUGAAGAUUCGCUCUAUGGAUCGUACAAGUGGUGGGACAUACUUAACGGGAACGACCCAGCCAGGGACCAGGUUUCCAGCCCCGAAGCCGGGCUUCUUACCGGCUACAACUUGGCAGUACCGACUGUGCUCAAAGAAGCCGUCACUAGCCCCCGCAUCUUUCCACCUCCCACGAGCAACUCGGACAUGAUGUCUUCCCGUCUCACGGAACGCGGCACCGACCCUCCUUUGGGCUACCCAGCCCCGGAUGCCUACCCAGCCCCGAACGGCUACCCAUCCCCGAAUGGCUACCCAGCCCUGAAUGGCUACCCAGCCCCGAAUGGCUACCCAGCCCCGAAUGGCUACCCAGCCCCGAGUCAGCAUCCAGGGUCGAUCUAUCACCAGCCGCAAAACAGCAUUGGCGGCGCGCAGUUGAUGGGUCCGGCGGUGUUCCGCAAGAAGCCAGACAUUGAAAAAACGCGGUGGCGCAAGGCCAGCGCACACUACAUCAGAGAGAAGUCCCCAGACGGUGUGGAAUUGUCUGAGUCGACACAUGCGACACCCGAGAGGGGGACGGGGACGAGUCCGACGCACGGAACGGAGGCGAGUCCGACACACGGAACGGGGGCAAGUCCGAUGCUCACACAGUUGACGGCGCCGGCAUUGAGUCCAGUUGCGCGGUUGAUGACAUUGCCGCCGAUGCCGGGGACGCCAUUGCUGGCGUCGUAUGGGUCAGUGCGACCGGAGGUAGCGGCAGCGACGCCGCACAGUUGUGGAAACGCAGCGGUUGGGGGCUCUCCGGCGGCCUCACUGUCGCCUUUGGCAUCGCGAUUGCCGCCGACUGCGCCGAAGCGAAUCUCCAUUAAAUGGUACCACUGCGGGAUGUGCCUGGAGCGGAGCAACUCCAUGGACUCCUCACCGAGUGCCCGGUUGUCAAUUGAGAACCCCAAAGGCCGAGCUGAGGCCAUGGAGGCCGUACUCACCGUUAUCAACGCGCUCUACACUAAAUAUCGCAUCCCGGCCAAUCGUGUGGGUAUAUGCGGCUUUAGCCAAGGUGCGAUGCUCGCACUCGACCUCUUUCACCGUCUCCGUACUCCCCCUGCCUUCCUAGGCGUCUUCAGCGGUGCACCCAUGUGCGUAGACGCUUGGCGACGAACACUCUACAAAUCGAGCGCCAUGAAACGGGUACCCAUCCUGCAGUACCAUGGACUCAAAGACUGGAUCUUCCCCAUCUUCGUCGGCCGCUGGCUGCACCGCUUCCUCGCCCGAGAAGGCCUCAAUGUCACCCGCUACGUCGAAUUCAGAGGAGAACAUGAACUCACCGAACAAACGGUGGAAGAGCUCAACCGGUGGAUACUCGAACACGCCCGGGGCCGGUCAUCGGCCUUUCAUUUCCCCACCGGCAAGACAGGCGGGAGCGUCCCCGGCAAAAUUGACGACCUGUUUUACAAGUAA